AAGCACGAUUCGAACUCAUUCAGUGCAUGCUUGUCGUUCAAGUGCGGAGUCUGCGUUUUCCUAUUUGUUUGUUCUAACCUUCAUUUCAGUGUUCGAAGUCGUCGAUAUUAUUGAUAAGGACUAAUUAAUUAAUACAUGUUAAAAUGUCGGGUAAUGGUCUAUUAUCCGUCAGCUUAAACGAUGGCGGUCGAAAUCUGUCGGGCCAAAAUAAUGUGGUGCAACCACUACUCACAGAUUUGUACCAAAUUACGAUGGCUUAUGCCUAUUGGAAGUCGGGGAAGACCAGUGAUGUAGCUGUCUUUGAUUUGUUUUUCCGCACCAACCCCUUUCAAGGCGAAUUUACGAUAUUCGCCGGUCUUGAAGAGUGCCUUAAAUUUUUGGAAAAUUUUCGAUACUCAGAUGAUGACAUCGAAUAUUUGAGGAAUACUUUGCCUAUUGCGAUUGAACCUGAGUUUUUUUCCUAUUUGCGUGAUUUAACAGCUAAUGAUGUCACUCUGUACGCAUUGGAGGAAGGAUCUGUUGCAUUUCCAAGAGUACCUUUACUUCGUAUCGAAGGACCUUUAAUAAUUGUACAAUUGCUUGAAACUACAUUGUUGAAUUUAGUCAACUAUGCUAGUUUGAUGGCCACAAAUGCUGCGAGGUAUCGAAUGGUUGCUGGAAAGAAUGUUUCAUUAUUGGAAUUUGGUCUUCGAAGAGCCCAAGGACCGGAUGGUGGUCUGUCAGCCUCUAAGUAUGCUUAUAUUGGCGGUUUUGAUGGGACGAGCAAUGUUCUAGCCGGUAAAUUGUUCAACAUACCGGUGAAGGGAACCCAUGCCCACUCGUACAUAACUUCGUUCACAUCGGUGGAGGAAUUACGCAGCACUCUGCUGCAGUGCAAAAAGACGUCCCACGCGAAGGACCUGCGCCAACUGAGCAUUGACUGGCGCCAGAAGUUGUCCACCCUGCUCGACAUCGGACCGGAGGAGGCGAGCGACGGCGAAUUGGCCGCGCUGAUCUCUUUCGCAAUUGCAUUCCCGGAUGGAUUCAUGGCUUUAGUCGACACGUACGAUGUGAAGAGGUAUCCUAGUCGCAUGACAAACCACAACAGCACAACGGCCACAUCCGAAAACAGUAACGUUUAUACAAAUAAUAACAGUUUAAGUAAAAAUCAUAACUACAAUAAUACAAAUACGACGAAACAAAGCAAUACUAUUGAGACUACGACGAAUAGCAGAGAUGUGGCCGAACGUAAUUACAGAUGCCAGUGCCAGCAAAUUAUAUACUCGUACAAUACAGAAUUGGUGGAAAAGACUUUGAGGAGUGGACUACUGAACUUCUGCAGUGUUGCUAUGGCUCUCAAUGAUCUAGGGUACAAAGCUGUUGGUAUACGAAUAGACUCUGGUGAUUUAGCAUAUCUCUCAGUUCUGGCCAGAGAAACAUUUGAGAGGAUAGCAGAGAAAUACAACAUUCCUUGGUUUGCAAGACUCAUGAUAAUUGCAUCAAAUGAUAUCAAUGAAGACACAAUACUCAGUCUCAAUGAACAGGGACACAAAAUAGAUUGUUUUGGAAUUGGGACGCAUUUAGUUACAUGUCAAAGGCAACCAGCACUUGGUUGUGUCUACAAAAUGGUAGAAAUAAAUGGACAACCUCGAAUUAAACUCAGCCAGGAUGUUGCUAAAGUUACAAUGCCAGGUCGUAAGAAUGCCUAUCGUUUAUAUGGGGCAGAUGGACAUGCCCUUAUUGACUUGCUUCAAAGAACUCACGAACCCGCACCAAUGAUUGGACAAAAGGUAUUAUGCAGACACGCAUUCCAGGAAUCAAAAAGAGCUUAUGUAAUUCCUUCUAGAGUUGAAGCCCUUUAUAAGUUGUACUGGAAAGAUGGUCAUAUAUGUCAACCUUUACCAACACUUAUAGAAGUUAAAAAUAGAGUGCAGGCCUCACUUAAAACCUUGAGGCAGGAUCUUAAAAGGAAUCUCAAUCCAACUCCAUAUAAGGUGGCAGUAAGUGAUGAGUUAUAUAGUUACAUUCAUAAUUUGUGGCUUCAGAAUGCACCGAUUGGGGAAUUAUCAUGAUAAUCAAAUUGGAAGAAAUCAUUUAACAUAUUAUUGAAAUGUUAUGUACUUAAAAAUGUGCCUCAUAUGGAAAUAAUAGUCAUGCAGUUGAAAGUCAUAUCACUUACGCAUGCAUAUACAUGGUAGUAUAUGUAUUAUGA